CUGGCAGGGGCGCUGCUGCCACAUCCAGGUGAGUGCCACCGGCUGGUGGCAGUGUCACCGCUGCCACAUCCAGGUGAGUGCCACCGGCUGGUGGCAGUGUCACCGCUGCCACAUCCAGGUGAGCGCCACCGGCUCCCAGGGACACAGGGCUGGGUCUGGCCCCAGCUAAACUCGAGUCAAAGCCGGGCUGGUUUAACCCGGUUUAACGCCCCGGGCGGGCGGAGGGAGGGAGGUGCGGGAUGCCCGACAGCAGCCCGGGAGUGGCCGCGGGAGCUCCCGGGGCUGCUGCCGGCGGAGCUAACGCGGUGCCCCGUCCCCAGCUGCGCCCGCUGUUCCUGCUGGCCCUGGCGGAUUUACUGGGGGCCGCCGCGCUGCUGGGCACGGGAACGAUCCCGCUGCUGCCGGCGCCGCUCUCCGUGCCCGCCUACGCCGCCUGUCCCUACGGGCGGAUGCUGACCGCGACCGCCUACGCCGUCUCGUUGCUCAUGGUCGUUGUUUACGCGUACGAGUCGCACCGCACCGUCCUCGGGGGGCGAGCGCGGCCCCCGGCAGCGCUGCAGGAGCGGAGCCGCUGCCUGGAGAGCGCCUGGCGGGGAAUUCCCUACGCCCUGGCCUGGCUGCUGCCGGCGCUGACGCUCCUGGCGCGGCUGCUCGUCCGCGGCGCCCCCGCCACCGACAUCGCGCCCGUGGGGCCCUGGGACGGCCGCGGCUCCAACGCCACCUUCGGCCUUUACUGCUCCAGGUGGGCGCUGCCCUUGCCUGGGGCCGGGGGCUCCGGGGCCGCGGGGGUCUCUGGCCCAGCCCCGCUCAUUCCCCGUUGCCCCCAGUCCGGCGGGGGUAAGAACGCGGCGCUGGAGGAGAAAAUCACCUUCCUGCUGUGCCUGCUGCUGGUGCUCGGCUGCUGCUCGCUCCUGUACCGGCGGGUGCGGCUCCGCUGCCGGGGAAGCGCGGCGCUGCCGCUGCUGGGCCUGGACGGGGACGGCGGCUUCGGGGCCGGGAGCGGCCGCAGCGUCAGCAGAGCCUCGCUGCACUUCCAGCUCGUCUUCCUGCUCUGCUGGACGCCAGCCUUCCUCCUCACCAUCCUCUCCUUCACCAGCAUCAGCCCUGCCUCACUCUUUGUCCUCUACGUGUCCACAGCCCUGAGCGUGUCCCUGCAGGGCUUCCUGCACAGUCUGGUCUACGGCUGGAGGAGGGAGAACUUUCGCCGGGACGUGCUGGCCCCGAGCCGCUCCCUGCACAGCCCCGGGGCGCUCAAGGCUUUCUACGAUGACUCCCUGGGGGCUGCUCCCUGAGCUCCCACCUCAUCCCACCCCCGGGGCUGCUCCCUGAGC